AUGGCGACGGCAUCCGAGUUCGCGUGGUCGAAAGACUUCACCAUCGGCCUCAUUGGCAUGGGCGAUAUGGGCAGGAUGUAA